UGAAACUAAUAAACAAGCUUGACUCAUGCAAAUGAAAAUUAAUGACUGAUGUCUUGUGACUUUGCAUGCUGUGAAGUAAAUUUCUCCACUUAAGGGAAUUAGUCAAAGCUUGGAGCCUCUUUGAGGUAUUUUCUAGAGUUUCAAUUCUUGUUUCGAAGAUGGCCUACGAAAACGGGCUUCUCAAUCCUGGCUUCGCGGCGAGUACCAUGAGCCUUCACCGAAGAAGCAACACAAGUUUGAACACAAUCUCCAAUUCUUUGUAUAGCGAAGCCGACUCGAACAGCCUUUACAACACUUUACAACGGGACACAAAUAUUGCAGUGACUCCAAGAUUACGUGUAAAGGAGCCGAUUUACGACAAAGUUAAACCCGGCGCGAAUUUACAAAGCAGACAGGAGAAGGCCGCAACUUCACAACAAACUUUGCAAAAGAGACAGAGUGUACGAAGAAAGGACAAAAUUAUUCGCUUGACUGUGAUGUGUCUCAUUAUUUUCGUUGCUGCGGCAGCAUUAUUAUUGGCACUUCUGCUGUUCAUGGGGAAAAUUGGUCCAAAUUGUUCGUGUGAUUCUACAGGUACCGGUAAGUCUCGUAAGAAACGUAAUUCAUAGUGUUAAAAACUCGGUUUAAUCAACACAGUGCCGCACAUUCAGAAGUUAUUUAGGGUUUAGGGUGAAAUAAUGCAAAUUCACUCAUUAUUUAAAACCACUUUGAAAAGCAAGAGGCAAACUUUGGUUUAGAAAUCUCUCGCUCUCAAUAUCAGAAUAUGAAACUUGAGCCAUCGUAUUUUUACGCCUGCUGAAUUUUUUUUUUGAGAGGAAAUUUUUUUGGUUUCGCUUAUUUGGCAGUUUCGGUACUCCCCGUGACUGAUCGAAACUCGUAUGCCUACGGAAUUCCGAUGAUAUGAAACAAAUUUAGUUCGCCCAGUCAUUUUUUUUCUCCGUAUUUAACACAACAACUUUAAGCUGACUGGAUUUUGUCGUACACGUACAUACGGUGGAACUGUAAAAAGACCUUAUCUCUGUUUAUAACGUAAUCAUUUUAUCAAAAAUCCAAAUAAUGUAUUCAGUGUUCGCUCUGUAGGAUAGAUUCCAAGUUAAAAAGAAAAUACUUCAGUCAAUUUGUAGAAGUGAUAAAAUUAACUUGAAAAAUGUAGUUUUUGUGAACUCGCUAUCCGUUACUUCGCGAUAUGUCAACGAUACUUUGGUGGGAUAUGAAUGAAGUCAGUUUCAGAAUUUUUGUGCGUUGUUGAGGUGUAAUCCAUAAUUCAUCAAGCAUCUAUUAACUAAUUUAGCAGGUCGUGGCAGAUUUUUUCAGUACACAAUGUCAGUGUGGUGAUUUCAACUCUCCAUUCGCCCCCUGAAAAGUGGAGCGUAUGGCUGUGAUGGUCAUUUCAUCUGUUAGUUAAGGUUGAACACUGAAGGCAGCGGCGACCCUUUAUGAUACGUCAUAGCCCUUAACGAUUGUCCUGAAUUUGCAGAAAACCCAAUGGAAACAAAAGUGUCUACGUGUUCUAUUAAUAGCCAAUAAAGCUAACCACAAAAAUUAAAAAAGGGAAAUCAAAACAAAACAAGCGCCAAAAACAAGAAACAAAGAAAUCUAUAAUUUACAGAAUAUUUCAGCGCAGCACACGAAGGCUGCACACAAACUUCACAGGUUCGAUCACAACGAACAUAUCAAAACUUAAUUAUUGAAAAUCAUUCUCGAUCAUAUGAUGCAUAGAAUUUAUUUGUCUUUGUUCCAAGGUCUUUCACUCAGAGUGUUCUUUGUUUCUAGAUCUUUCUUAAGAAAGUGGAAAUCUUGGUUGUCUUCAUCAGUUUUAGCGAAGACAAAUCAUACAUGAGUGUAUUUCAAGCUUUCGUUUUUUAUUUAUUUGCAGAACAUUGAGUGCAGAUUAAUUUGUCAUGAAAAUAUACACUUAUUCGAAACAAUGAACCCUCUAAGGCCUGUUCGUUGUUUUAAAUUCCUGUGGUCGUGUUUGCCAAACAGCUUUUAGCUCUUUUGGCGCGUUUUGCAUUCUUUACUUGUCCAACUUUGCAUAACGAAAGCCAGUAUUUAAUUUAUCAAGACCAAAAUAUAUUCCACGUGUACUAAGGGUAGAUACUUCUCCCGUGGUAACAAUCCACGUCACCUCUUGACUAAAGGCAAGCAGCCUUGCAUAUGCAAUUGCCGUCAACGAUCCAAUUUCAUUGAAAAGUUCUUGAUACGCUUGCUUCUGAUGGCUGGUCGCUCUACAUCAAUUGAAGAUAUUCACGAAUCGAAGUUAUACACACCAUCCGAUACAAGACAUCGCCUUAGCUUUGACAGCUCAUAUGUUGCUCUAAAACAGACAGCAAAUCUUAAACCAGGAAAUUCUAACGCUAAACCAAAGAAACAUCGCCAGAAAACAGCAAAGAAACUGCAAAACAGAUCCUUAACAUCGGUUUCUAAUCACGAUCAUAACAAAAAUACACGCUGCAGUAAGCUGUGCAUUCAUCGCAUUGUUCAGUACCUUGUGCUAUUUCUCUCUAUUUCCGCAUUGGUGAUAGUCAUUUUAAUGAUCCGUGGAGUUGUAGGAGUUUAUCCAGGUGAGCUACUUGUUUUGUUGAUUAACAUUUUGGAACUUAGGAUAAGUUUCCUAUCUCUGCGAGGAAGUAUGAUCAACUCAACCCACAGAUGCAGGAAUUCAGCUCAUAUUUGAUUUAUGCAAACUAUUUUUAUAGAUGGGUGUAGCCAAAAAUGAGUGCCUAUGGCAAUCUAUACAAACUGUUAAAAGUAAAUCUUUACUAAUUCGCUCAAUACACCAUUAUUAAUAUUGAAAUCUAAGCGUUUCAUUUGGUAUAAGCAGUUAUUCGCCUAAAGCUCAUUGGAAAUACUUUUCGUUCCUUACCGAUGAUGCAUCAUUCUCGAAAUAGUUAUAUCUUUUCGUAUGCCUUGUUACGAUGAAAUAUAGAAUCUGUUGAAACCUUCGAUGGGGAGGAUAAUGAAAAUCAGACAAUGUACCACCACAAAUAUUUGAGUUCUGUCCCAAUGCACUACGAGUCGAAGGUACACAAAGUUUUGUAGUCGCAAUUUUAAGCACUAUCCGUGCACGUUGCCACGACUGCAGAUAUUUUACGAAGUCAUUCAUUCACUUUGCCUCAUAUGCCACUUCUCCGCGAUAACACAGUCGCGAAAUCUAUAUAUGUAAGCUGCAGAAAAUUCCAUAUAAAUAUAUUAAUAUGUAAUUUUCUAAUAAAAUAUACAAAAUAUAUAUAUAUAUAUAUGUGUGUGUGUGUGAAUUGAGUUAGGAAAAAACCAAAGCAAAUAUAUAUUCGCUAUAGUAUGUAUUGAGCACUGUAAUACGGAAAAACCGAAAAAUAGACUUCCUCUCUCUCUCUACAUAUGUAUAUAUAUAUAUAUAUGUAUUCAUAUAUUUCAUUCAAUGUACGUCAUUUAGAAUAAAUUAUUUGACUGUGCUUAACAGGAAAGCGACAGUUUUUUUCGUUUCAAGAUAAGAUAUCCAGUUUAACAUGAUUCACCAAAAGUUAAAGAGCCUGUAUUGCAUUGCCUCUUCAGCACUAAGACCAGACAUGUCGAGAUAAACUUAAAUUUAAGUCGAAUAUCAUUUGUCAAUUUCCUAUUCCGCGACUCACUUUGAAGUCCUUUCAAGCUAUCAACUCCUGUGACGCGAAACGAAGCCUUGCAAUUCACUGACCUCAUCGAGUGAAUUACCAUGGAAUGUUAUGGAUCAUUGUAUUAACCUAAGUUAUAGACAAGCAACAAUAUGCCCCGCACAAUGAAUUAAGCAUAGUCUAUUUGGUCGCUAUUACAUACAUAAUUUAAACUACAUAUCUUUUAGCCAUGAAUGAUCAUGAUAUGUGAAGUAAACAUAUUUUAUUCGACGUUUUAGUGUGUAGUAUCGUUGAGUAUUUCUUCGAGUUGUGUCGUAUUUUGACGAGCCUGAAGGACGAGUCAAAAUACAAACAACGAGUAAAAAUAUACUCAGCAAAACUACAAAAAAAAAACAUCAAAACGUCUAAUAAGUCAUUUAUUAUCCAGCUGCUUUUUUUUCUGCUAAGUCUUUCUGUUCGUUUCUCAUAUGGCGGGAAAAGCAAAGCGGAUAGAGAAACGUAGCGCGCGCAGCCGACUGGUUAAACAACUUUUGACAGUACAAAAUAAACAACGUUCUAAAUGACCGUACAAUAUCGAAGGAUAUUUUUACUCUAUUUGCGCGUUAUUUGCACUUUACUUUGUGCAAUUGGAUAAUAAUGAUCCUCACAGAACUUCAUUUUAAUUGAGGGAAAGAGUUAGGGCCUCUAUGCUGAAAGAACUUAGGAUACUACUUCGAUCUCAAUACUUGGUUUCGUAGCUCAGUUAGUUGUGGUGGCUCACCGACAGGCAUGGAUACAAUCUCUCCCUUUUGGUCUGUUUUACCUAACUGAGGUAUAUCUGUGAGCAUCAAUUCGUUCCUGAAUAUGCUUUGUUACAUAUGAUAUUCACCGGUCUAAUAACAAAGAAUUUCACCGUUUUAAUCAUCAAGGUACGACGUCACCCAGCACAGGCCAACAGAAAAAAGAAGAGGAAAACUCAUUCAAAAAUGAGCGAAAGACAACGUUUGCUAUGAACUUGUCUCCAUAUUUCGAAAAAAUUGAGGAGCUGCAAGCAAACCUCUCAUCUCUUUAUGCAGAAGCGGUAAGAAUUUCUGAAUGCAUGAUUGUUUGCUUGUUUCCGUUGUUUUGUUUUGUUUUUGUUUUGGCUAGUGUUUUUUUGUUUUUGUUUUUUUUUUCGUCCAUUGCUGUAUCCUAAUCAAAAAUCACCCUUCCCCUCCCCCUCCUUAAUUUUAAAAAACGCUAGCCUUGGGAAAUCAGUUUGUAGGUGCCUCUUACUCAUUAGCUGUGCUGUAACAUGAUGGUCAAACACACUUUCUUUAGCCUGCUUGCGUUUCUAACUCCAGAGGGAUGGGAAAUCAUUCAAUCAUUCAAAUCCAUCAUUUGCAAACUUAUAAGCUUUCAAAGGCACUCAUGAAAGAAGGAGACUGGUCCUAGUUUCAACUGAACCAGAACCAGUUCUCUUACGUCUCAGACUUGCUAACCAUUCAAUUACAAUACGGAUCGACAGUCCGACCGACAAGCCUGACAAUAGUGAAUUGGCCUGCAAGCUUGGUAAGCGAGCUCUCUCAAGUGGUACGGUUGGGCAAGGAGGGAGAGCUUCCGAUUUCAUCUCGUAAAUUUUUAACAUCUGCGUAUCAAAACGUCGACGUAUAAGACUGAUUGGCAGGUCUCAUUUAACUUUUGACAAACGAUAUCUCUUUCCAUUCCGGUGCCCUCUCUGCCCAAGAGACCUUGCGCGAUUUCGAUUUACACCACUACUGUGUUUCAAUCGUGUAGGAAGUAAUGCAGACCCUUUGAACACCUGGGCCCCGAUCGUUUAUAAUGCUGACGGUAACAUAUCGACUCUAUAGCGUGUUUUAUUAUUUGUCUGCAUCGAUAGGAAUCACUAAUGAGGGAAUCAGGAAGGAACAAAGAGGCCCUAAUAGCAGCCAAGACGGAAUUUGACUCCACAAGAGAUGCCAUUAAGUCAUUUUCUGAUCGGUUCUACGGAGACAUUGAUCGUGUAAGCUUCAUUUGGCGGUUCAAAAUUAAAAGUUAGGUCCUUAAAGUUAAGCUUACAAAAAUAUUGACGGAGGCUUCAUUCAUGCUUUAUCAUAUAUUGUCCUGCUGCUGAUUUACAGGUGACCAAUAUAUUCGAGCUUUCUGAACUGAGUCAAGAGGCUGUAGUGUGAUAUUUCCCCUUAGAAACCCUUUAACGUGGAGACAGUUGUGACUAAAAUGGUUUCUACCUACUCGUUAAUGGAGAAAGAUUCUAUUCUAUUUUAUCAACCAGGCUGAGUUGUUAAUAUACAUUGGCCACGUUAGGCUUUCUUCAGGGCGAAGGACUGACCAUGGAGAGGCUGAUGCCGGAAGCGUUAGCUUUAGACACUUAUGAAGACCAUCUCAGAUUAUAUUACUGACUCAGUUGAUAAAACCAAAAUUUACUUCCUUCGUUAACCUCAUAAGUAACUCGUGAUUGUUAUUCUUGCGUCUUUUAAACUUUUUUGUUGCUUUUUCGCCCCGUCCAAGUUUCUACAACCUUAGAUUAAACCGGAAGCUGCAACAGAUUUAGUUGUCUCCUUCAGUCACAACUGAAAGAAGAAGUCCUGAAUCAAAGCUUUCAUUUAUUUUAAUAACAGACUGAGAACAUUCCUUAGACUCCUCAUCCGUCACUACUUGUAGACUUCAAGACUUUUCUGUUGAUACUUUGGUUGUUUGUUUAGUUUAAUUUUUGUCAGCUACUGCCGUGUACUAGUAGAAACCUCGCGUCACUUUCAUCAAUCAGUGAAUCUCUGCUGUGUACUUUUUCACCCCAAGCUCACCAGCCUUGGUUACUUUAGCCAUAGGUGACUGGGUGAUACAGCCGUGAAGUCUUCUUGGCCUGGCGAAGAAGUUAUCUUCUUUAUUUUCUUCUUUUUUUUAGGUAAAUAACUCAAUGCAGCAGUUUAAUCCUGAUCAUGGUCCAAUGUUCACUCAACUCGAUUCUUUGAACGCAACGCUCACGAACAAGGUAUAUAAUUAGUUGGAGCAAGACAAUAUUAACUCCUCUUAGUAGAAGUGAUUAUCAUCCCUGAAUCAAACAGUAGGGUUACGAAAAUAAAGGAAAUGAUCGCUAACUAAAUAAGCUCUUAAUUGUUAAACAAAUUCUCCUUAUCCGCACCUCAGAAAAUGUGUAGAGAACAGUAUGGAGAAUAUGCAUACUGACACAAAAGUGUAAAGGGUUAACGUCACCCCUCUUAUUUUCGCAGCUGUCACAAGUGAAAAGAACCUUGGAACAACAUGACGACGCCAUUGUUGCUAUGAUCGACACGAUGAACAACACUGUUGGAGAACAAGUAUGUUGUACUUCGCUUGCUUGUUUUGAUAAAUUACUGAACAAUUGUGAAAGGUGAUGCUUCUAAUUCGGUGAUAUUAAAAUAACCGGAAAAAGAUGUCUUUGAUCCUUUGAGUAUAUAACUGUUUAGUCGCAUUUCCUUGGCUAGAAAAUAUGCUAAAUAGUGUCUGGAAGUUAAUCCAUCACCAUUUUCCUUGAUAAUAUAUUAAUAUUCAUCAAGAACACGUUUCGAUCAAUUUUCAAUUGAGAGUCGAGAAUAAUCCGCAAUUGCUUUGUUUUUGCUUUAAUUUGCUCUGUAAUUGGGUUAGAAAACUCACGCCACUCGCCUCCAAUCAGAUGCAAAACUAAAACCAAUUACAACUUUGUCGCCCGCGUUUUCCCGUGCUUUGGGCAGUUUGGUUGUUUUUUCUUUGAGCUUCCAUCGGCUGUUUAAGGUAUUUUCGUUCCUUCUGGUGGGUCAUUGAGAAUACUUGGGCUCAGGUUUUACGACAGUCAAUCAAAAAGGACUGUAUAGGAGGCACCGAAUGUUUGACUCAGCUUGAAAAGUUUAUCACAACUUUUUUCCAAGUUUGGCAUUUUCAAUUCGUCUUGACCUCCAUCAUGCUCUGCAGUGUUUGUUCCUCCUUGGCCCAUUAUAUACUUUUGGGUGUGUGUUUUUUAAUUGAACGAAUGUUUUAAGUUUAAGCAAUUUUUGCUCAUCCAAAAAGUAAAAGAAGCAAAAACUCGAAACAUGGCCAAUGUCAUUUCUACCCUUUCCUGGAGGAAACUAAAAUGGUCGGGAGAGAAUUCCACUCGAAAAAAAAAAAAUUCCCAUACUUGGCUUGCUUUUCAUCUACUUUUGCUCUCUCUUUUCAAAGGUGAAAGCAAAAACCUCCCUUCCUGGUCCAAAAGGCGAACGAGGAAGGAAUGGCUCAGUGGGACCGAGAGGAGAUCCGGGACAAACCGGUCCAAUAGGACCUCCAGGGGAUACGGGGUCUCCGGGUCCCCCAGGGAAUAACGGAAUAUCUGGGAUAGAAGGCUUCCCAGGGGCUAAUGGUAAUAAAGGACUUCCAGGUGAUAAGGGACCUGUAGGGUUUACUGGCGACGAUGGGCCCACUGGCGCAGAAGGACCCGAGGGACCUGCGGGACCACAAGGGAUUGGUAACUUCAGUUGGUGCCAGGAGGAGACAGCUACGGUCAAGUCCAAGGAUAUUCCAGGGAAAAAAGCUUCCGUUAGUAACAGUCAGGCGAGUAACCACUGAAAGAUGGUUUUUCAUGGCUUCAACUCGCUUUUUUUGCGAUAGCCACCUUGAUUUGAAUUUCCGAGGCUUGAAAAAAUCAUCAAACGAAUGACUUAACAAUCUUUAUGACAGCAUCUGUUCUCAAAGCUCUCUAGAUUCUCGCACUAAAUUCGAACAUUAAAUUUUCUCCUCAAAACUUCUUCUCUAGAACUACGAUGGAACUCUUUUUCUUAUUUCUUCUUUGAAAGAAGCUAUCUUCCUUUCAAUCUUUUCAGCAUUUCAAAAUCGCUAAAGGGAUUUGUAAGUCAGUCUUUUCACGCACGAUCGGGAGGCAGAUCAGUAAAUCAUUCACGUGGUUUGUUAAUGCCCAUGAGUACUUGCGAUAGUGAUAUGUAUGUAAACUAUCAUAUCGAUGUAAAAUCUUUUCUCCGACGAGAUAGACCUCGAAGAGGAUUUAAAAAUUGUCGGAAAAAAAUGAAGUUGUUUUCUUUCAAAGUAAGCUAUUUAACGGGACUACAAUUAUUCGUUUGUCUGUAUCUUCCAGAUCCACUCAAAUCUUCUUCAUUUCAUUAGUUUUUGCUCCAUGUUUUCUCCGCAGGAUACAAAAAUUGUGGCGGCGACUUGCACAACGGAUUAUGGCCAAGAGUAUAACCUGGUGGUAACAAAAAAUGGAAAUCUUUAUAAUUACGAAUGCGUGUGCAAGGGUGUUGGAACAACCACUUCGGGAAAAACCAUUAAUGAUGUGAACUGUAUUCUGUAUUAUUUGGCCUGCCCUAUACAAGCUCCGUGAUAUCUUUAAUCUCUACGUUUUUUACGGAUUAUAUAAUUGAACUGGAAAACAUGCCAAUUGAAAUUGUCAGUUAGCAGUAUCAAGGACGCUCAACCAUCGAUUCAUCAAAGGCAUUUCCACUAUUUUCCAGAAAAAACGGCUUUAUUUGUACGGUUUUAUAUUUUAAAUUUUUUUGUCAGUACGUGCUAAUAGUGCUUAGAUACAGAUUUAUUCGAGAUUCUGCUAAUAGCGAAAAAUUGAAGACAUUUGUUUCUUCAUAUGUAACUACAAUAAAAUUCACUAUAAUAAUACCGUAUUCAAAGAACAGCACAAUAGGUCUGAUACAAAACAGCUGAUCACUUUUCGAAACAGUAGAAAGAUCCAAGUGACUCCCUAAAAAUGUAAAUAAUAAAUUAGGAAGGUUCCUUUCAAAAUAUAUAAAAUAAAAGGUGAGAAAUCCCUAGGUGAAAACUAACCUAGAAGUAUGCUUGUGAAUAAGGAUAUACCGUAUCAGUGAGAUAACAACGUAUGUAGUUUUAUUGAAAAGGAACAAAGCAAGUUUGGUCAGGUGUACAACUACAUGUGUUCACAUGGACAGAAGUUUAUUUGCAUGUGAUUAAAAUUUUCUUUUCCUUUGAAAGAGCGAGCAUCAGGCCCUGUUUGUUCGAGCGUUGGAUGGAUAACGUUACCCACUAGAUGAAUCUCUAUCCUAUGGAAAGCCCUCAACGUUUUCUUAACACUUAGUCGUCGGAUAGCGAUUUAUCCGUUGAAUAGCGUCACCCACCAGUUGAGGGACUAGGCCCAGG